AUGAGGUUGUUCAGGUGUCUGUGUUGCACCCGGCGGAGGAUGCAGCUGGUUGUCAUGGCAGCAGUGCUGGCACUGGUGGGGGCGGGGCAGGACUGCAGCAUCGGCUGUCGUCCAACCAACAUCAGCAUCCCGGUGGAGAGCUGUGGCAGCACCGAGUUUGUCUACACCACCAUAUGUGCAGGACAGUGCUACCUCGAGGAUCCCGUCUACAUGGGCCAUCAUGACUGGGCUGAGCAGAAGAUCUGUAACGGGGACUGGUCCUAUGAGAUGAAAUACAUUAAAGGAUGUCCAGUGGGGGUCACCUACCCUGUGGCCAGAAACUGCCGGUGUACUGCAUGCAACGUUGCAGACACAUACUGUGGACGCUUCCCUGGAGUCAUACCUAGCUGUCCGUCCUUUUAA